AUGUCCUUUGACAAUAAUUUGGAAGGCUACAACAUCGUCAAGACGUUCUGGCAAACAUACUGGAACCCCAGCAUUGGCAACUUCUCGACCCGCGUGCCAUGCAAAGAGUCGCGCGAGGGCCGGUUCUCGUGCUGGACCAUGGGCGUCGUGCUCCACGCCGUGGCCGAGUGCUGCGCCGCGUACAAGGAUCUCACGCUGCCGAUCGUCGCGCCCACGGUGUCUGCGCUGACGUGCUACCGCAAUCCCAAGUACGGCGCGUACUCGGUGAUGUACCACGGCGCACAAAACUCGGGCGACGACGAUAUUAACUACGACGACUGCGCCCACCUGCUGCGUGGCAUGAUUGCUCUGUACGAGGCCACGGGCAACCAGGAAUAUUUGGACCUAUCACGCGAGCUGGCGCGGUUUCUGAUGACGGGCGUGGUCGAGCACCAGAAGUUCCACGUGCCGGGGCUCAAGUGGCACAUCUCGCGCAAGUACAUGGCCACCAUCUCGAACUGCGUGGCUGCGACGGGCGCCAUGCGGAUGAUCAAAUACUCGUCGCCGGAGGAGCAGAAACAGCUGUACAACUUCGCCAAGCUGUGCAUCAACUUCAUUGAGCAGAUCCUCUGGGACAAAUCCGACAAUGUCGUGAUGGACGGUGUGGCGUACGAUUCGGACGUGAUCGACAAAACCAAGUGGUCUUACAACACGGGCAACACGCUCUCGGCAAUCUGCAUGCUGUACCAGUACGAUAGAGACCCGCAAUGGGUCGACAAGGCCCGCAAACUCGCCGAGGCCGCUACCGACCGCGGCCGCACGCUGUUCGACAGAGACUACGACGACUGGAACAAACGGUUCUGGCAUGGGCCUUCCUACUUCAUCCAGCUGCUCGUCGAGGGCCUUGUGGACUACCUGGUGACCUUUGGGAACGAUGCCCCGGAAAGCACGCGCCGCUGCUGCGAGAACGAGAUCCUGCGCCACGUGUCGUACUUCAGAAAAUACAUGUACGACCCGAGCGACGGGCUGUAUUUCUGCUCGUUCGACAUCUACCGGCUGGACGACCGCACGUACGAGCGGUACCGCACGGAAUUUGGCGGACACAAGACGUUCCAGCCCAAUGAGGACGACCGCGUGCAGGCUGGAGGAGACCCGAAAAAACGGCCUGUGUGCAAGAGCCUCAUGGCUUCCGCUGCUGCCGCACGCAUCUUCUUCCAGGCCGCUCGUAUUUUCCCGAAAAUGGACCCAGUUCCUGUAUAG